CAGGAGGCGCGCGAGUGACGGCACGCCGUCGGUGUCAUGCGGAAGAUGGCGGCGUCCAGGGGAGUCUGAGGGCUCUAGAGAGGCGGUGAGAGGUUUCCGUACAGCCGGAGCGUGCUGUUUGGGAAAUCCGUUCGCUCCGUUUCCUGCUCUCAGGUUUCCCAUCCGUUGCCCUCCCAGGCCCUCGGGCGCGAUGUGGAGGAGCUGCCCCCGCCUGCGGAAUUGGGGGCGCCGUCUCCUGAACUGGUCCCCAGGUGGCCCCACGACCUCCGUGGGGCCGGGGCCAAACACUCUGUCCCCAUCCCGGGACUACGCUCCCCCGGCAGAAAGGAAGAGGUUUUAUCAGAAUGUCAGCAUUACGCAGGGUGAAGGUGGCUUUGAGAUAAACCUGGACAACAGGAAGCUGAAAACUCCCCAAGCCAAGCUCUUUACUGUCCCCAGCGAGGCCCUGGCCAUCGCAGUGGCCACCGAGUGGGACUCCCAGCGGGACACCAUCAAGUUCUACACCAUGCACCUGACCACACUGUGCAACACAUCUUUAGACAACCCAACCCAGCGAAACAAGGACCAGCUGAUCCGGGCGGCGGUGAAGUUUCUGGACACCGACACCAUCUGCUACAGGGUAGAAGAACCACAGACAUUAGUGGAACUUCAAAAGAACGAAUGGGACCCGAUCAUAGACUGGACCGAGAAGAGGUACGGCGUGGAGAUCGGCUCCUCCACCAGCAUCAUGGGGCCCAGCAUCCCAGCCAGGACUCGGGAGGUGCUCGUCAGCCAUCUGGCCUCUUACAACAUGUGGGCCCUACAAGGGAUUGAGUUUGUGGUGGCCCAGCUGAAGUCCAUGGUGCUGGCCUUGGGCCUGAUGGACCUGCAGCUGACAGUGGAGCAGGCCGUGCUGCUGUCACGCCUGGAGGAGGAAUACCAGAUCCAAAAGUGGGGCAAUGUUGAGUGGGCGCAUGACUACGAGCUCCAGGAGCUGCGCGCGCGCACGGCCGCCGGCACGCUCUUUGUCCACCUCUGCUCCGAGAGCAGCACCCUCAAGCACAAGCUGCUGCAGGACUGAGACCGGCGCUCCACGCAGCACAGGACCCAGGCUGCAUAGACACAGCUCCCCGCCUGCGGACCGGCUCAGCCUUCGUGCGCUGUGUGGGGUCAGCCUGAGGGCGCCUGGGUGCCCUGCCUUGGCCGCGGUGAGCGAUGGCAUGUGCUGUCUGAGUGACUUGCUCUUCACCCUGGUUUUAUUAAAUGUUUCUCCACCCUG